CCUCUUCCCGGAAGCUGACAGUCAUCUGAUUUUCUCUUCUCUUGCUGUGUUUUCCUUUUAGCCAAUGCUACAACAAAACAGCUAUCCCAGCUUUGUUGUUGCUUCUUUUUCGCCUUCUUUCUCCUUUUUUAAACCACUUCACAGAAGACACAACAACUACUCGACCACCUCUGAAGUAUGGAUGAGACGAGUCCGCUUGUCUCCCCGCUCCUGGUGGAUUCGGGUGGGUUUAGCUACUGCCCCGCAGAGCCCGCCAGCCCCCGGGGCGCGUUCGGAAGCACACCGGGUUCUGUGGUGCGUAUCCCGGCCAGCAGUCCGGAGCGCAGCCGGGAGAGACAGCCGCUCCUGGACCGGGACCGGGGGAACGCGUCCAGGGAGCCGCACAGGAACGAGUUCCCAGAAGAUCCCGAGUUUAGAGAGAUCAUUCGUAAGGCCGAACGAGCCAUAGAGGAGGGCAUCUACCCGGAGAGGAUCUACCAGGGCUCCAGUGGAAGCUACUUUGUCAAAGACUCACAGGGGGUGGUGUAUUUGGCAAGCGAAACGUUUAACUACAGCGCGAUAGACAGAGUGAAGUCUCGAGGAAAGAAGCUAGCUCUGGAGAAGGUGCCUAAAGUGGGUCAACGUUUCCACAGAAUCGGACUACCACCCAAGGUCGGCUCCUUCCAGCUCUUUGUUGACGGGUACAAGGAUGCAGAUUUUUGGCUGCGGAAGUUUGAAGCAGAGCCUCUGCCUGAAAACACCAAUCGACAACUGCAGCUGCAGUUUGAACGACUCGUCGUCCUCGAUUACAUUAUCAGAAACACUGACAGAGGAAAUGACAACUGGCUGCUGAAGUACGACUGUCCCAUGGAUUCUGUUGGUAACAGGGACACAGACUGGGUCGUAGUAAAGGAGCCGAUCAUCAAGUUAGCAGCCAUAGACAACGGCCUCGCCUUCCCUCUCAAACACCCCGACUCCUGGAGAGCUUACCCAUUUUACUGGGCGUGGCUCCCUCAAGCCAAAGUUUCUUUCUCCGAGGAAAUCAAAGAUUUAGUUCUUCCCAAACUUUCGGACCCAAACUUCAAUAAAGAUCUUGAAGAGGACCUCUAUGAACUAUUUAAGAAAGAUCCUGGUUUUGACAGGGGACAGUUUCAUAAACAACAGUCUGUCAUGAGGGGCCAGAUCCUGAACCUGACCCAAGCCAUAAAGGACGGUAAAUCCCCCCUCCAGCUGGUCCAGAUGCCCCCGGUCAUCGUUGAAACGGCUCGAGCCCCGCAGAGAGCGAACAGUGAAUCCUACACGCAGAGUUUCCAAAGCAGAAAACCCUUCUUCACCUGGUGGUAGAAGCAGAGAGCCGCAGCCAGGAGAAGACCGAGGGUGAUAGCACAGGGUUUUGUCCUGGAAGUAGUCCUCACCCACUGGCUUCUCCUCAUGGUUCCGGUUAGUGGGUGCAGAGAUGAGGCCAAAAGAGGAAGACGUUCACGACAAAUCUUCCCUGUUUGCAUCUGUGCCUUGUGCGAAAACGACUGAAGCUUCUGAGGUUCUGUUCCCUCCUGAGAGCGAUAUCUGUGAGACGACAUAUCCGUGCACUCCUGGGUGUUUGCUUACAUACACAUCAGUGAAAAGCCUCUCAUACAUUUCUUUUUUUUUAACAAGAAGUAUUGCAUUCCAAGUUUUUUUUUUUUUUGGUUUGUUUGUUUGUUUGUUAGACCCGUUAUGACCAACAAAGAAACCCUAUACUAUGCAGUUAACAUCCCCGGGCUGGUCAAAGCAGUGCCACUACGACAGAUUUUUAUUUAUUUUUUAUUAAAGAGAAUAUCUUUUAUUGUGGUAAACACACAGAUUUAGGCUCUAAGUGUUUUGUAUUUCUUUGCAGUGUGAACACAAUCUAUGUGAACUGGUUUCACAGUGUGCAUUACUUCUCUACACAUCUAUAAGGCACGAGGGGUGACGUUGCAAAGCCGAGGUACUUUUCAUUAAAGAAGCCAACUAUUAAAAUCAGAUCCAUCGGACUUGUUUGCCUGAUUUUGUCUUUUCCCACGAAUAAUUUCAUUAAUCAAUGAAGCGGACAUGAAGUACCGCAGCUGUGAUUGAGCAGAGGAGGGGUUCUGUGGUUCCUACCUUGGCCAUAAUAAUUUUACUUCUGUUUCAGGUUCUUGGGUGGACCUGAGUAAAUGUACAGGAUAAAGUAACUUUCUGCUGUGCUGAACUGACAUGAAAUGUAACGUGACAAUGCACUGUAUAAUUGUAAUAUUUAAUGAUAGAUUAUAAUUAAAUAUAUUCAAUUAAUACAAA